AUGGGAUGUCUCUGCAUCAAUCUGAAGAAGAAGCUCAAGAAACCAAAACAAGACAACAAUGUCGAGCAAACCAGAGAGUUACAGAACAAAGAAACAGCACACACGCAACAACCUCGUCAGAGACAAACAGCUCCAAGAGCCAAGUUCCAGAUCGUGUUGCCACCUCAGAAACUCCCACUUCCACUUCCCGCUCCUCAGCCUCAAGAACAACAAAAGCUAAUCAAUAAUCCAAAACAGAACAGCUUGCAAGAACCAGAACCGAUCUUAGGGAAACCAUUUGAAGACGUGAAGGAGAAGUACAGUCUUGGUCGUGAGUUAGGUCGUGGCCAAUUCGGUAUAACGUAUUUAUGUACAGAGAUCUCAUCAGGCAAGAACUACGCUUGUAAAUCAAUCUUGAAGAGAAAACUCAUCAGAACUCAGGCAAGAAUCUAA